ACCGAUGUCCUUCGGUGUAUCUCGCAGUCGCAUUCUUCGAAUGUAAGUGUUCAGCACGUUCCACCUGAACCCCACAUCGUUUUCGCUCUGGUCUAUCUCGAAAACUCGUCGCAGCUGUGUUUUUCAAACACGGAAUAGACCAGUCAUGGAUCUAGCUACCAACGUACUCAAAUUUCUCCUCGGCAUCUUCGCUGGCCUGAUCGGAAUCUAUCUUGGCUUCGUAUCGCUUCUGACUAUCCCAACACUACAAGACCACGUCAUCUUCUUGCAUCGAGUAAUCCGAACUUGGGGUCAGGACAUAAACAUACCCGAGCAAUGGGGCUUUCUUCGCAAUCAAGUUACGCCAUUUCACCUCGAAACCCCAGAUGGCGAGACUCUACACGCGUGGCACGUCCUGCCACUGGAAACAUACCGCCAACACCAAGCCCAGCUUCGUGGAGAGCCAGUUGGACUUUGCGCAAAUGUCGAAGAACGACUUUCUUUUCAGCUUCUUAAGGACUCCACUGCACAACUAGUCAUUUAUCUCCACGGUGCGGCAGGCACACUGGGAUCUGGGUGGCGGCCACAAAGUUACAGAGCCAUGAGCGCGACGUCAACCAACGUACAUGUCCUUGCCAUUGACUACCGCGGGUUUGGCACCAGUACGGGAUGGCCUUCGGAAGCCGGCCUCCUUACUGAUGCCCUUACAUUGGUCAAAUUCGCGACCGACACUGCAGGCAUACCACCAGAGAGGAUCGUAGUAUUUGCUCAGUCCAUGGGUACUGCGGUAGCAAUAUCGCUCACACAUCACCUAGCCUCACAACCUAUCCCUAUUGUUCUGGCGGGAGUUGUACUGGUAGCGCCGUUCGCCGAUGUAGAAUCCCUGACCCGGACGUACAAAGUCGCUCGCACCCUUCCGCUCCUUUCUCCUCUCGCGGUCUUUCCGCCGCUCAUGGCACUGCUCAAUAGAUUUAUUCUUACCAAGUUCCCUUCCAAAGAGAAGCUCGCCGCACUCAUUCAUCGGUUAGACAGCAUCAAGGUUAACGACAAACGACGGAGCUACAACAUCACGUUGAUACAUGCCAAAGAUGACUAUGAUAUACCAUGGAGUCAUUCGGAUAUCUUGUUCUGGCACGCUGUCAAUGCCGCCUCUGGGUCAACCUCGUCUAUGACGUUUGAAGAGCUCGAACACAUCAAGGCGAAAGAGAAGACAGCGUUGGGAGCUGGCGGCUGGGAAAUGGAAUGGAAAGGGAAGAAGGGGAUCAUUAGGGAGCAGAUCGUCGAGCAUGGUUCCCACGAUCGUAUCAUGAGCUACCCCAUCGUCAGCCUAGCUAUCUCAAGGGCUCUUCAUGAGUAGUGCAAUAUGCGGUGAUUGCCAGGAACUCACGGCCUGACUGCAGCGAUCAGCUCUCACCACGUCGGUCCGGUGGGAUUCCGGCUAUAUAGUCGCAUCACCGCACCAACUCAGUUUGACCGCCUCUGCAUCAUCC